CUCCUUCCGCCGCUGGUACGCAUGCGCGGUCCCAUUUGUUGUCCUCGUGGUCAGUACGCAGCUGUUCGCCAUGUUGUUGCUAUUUGAGACCGCUGCUGGAUAUGCUAUCUUUAAGGUCCUGGAUGAGAAUAAGCUCCGUGAAGUGGACAACUUAUGGCGGGAGUUUGAAACAGCUGAAAAAGCAAAUAAAUUUGUGAAGUUAAAACAUUUUGAAAAAUUUCAAGAUACCACAGAAGCUCUCGCAGCUGCGACUGCCUUGGUGGAAGGUAAGCUAGGUAAAAGCCUCAAGAAAGUACUGAAGAAAAUUGCUGCCAAGGAGGCACAUGAGCAGUUGGCUGUUGCAGAUGCGAAACUUGGAGGUGUCAUAAAGGACAAGCUGAACUUGAGUUGCAUUCACAAUGCUGCAGUUGGUGAGCUGAUGAGAGGAAUUCGAACCCAAGUGAAUGGACUAAUCAGUGGAUUGCCACCUCGUGAGAUAAGUGCCAUGUCUCUUGGCCUUGCGCACAGUCUCUCCCGUUACAAAUUGAAGUUCAGCCCUGACAAGGUGGAUACUAUGAUUGUACAAGCGAUUUCUCUGCUGGAUGAUUUGGAUAAGGAGCUGAACAAUUACAUCAUGCGCUGCAGAGAAUGGUAUGGCUGGCAUUUCCCAGAACUUGGAAAAACCGUUACCGAUAACUUGGCGUACUGCAAGUGUGUGCAGAAAUUAGGAGACAGAACGAACACUGCUACCACAGAUCUUUCAGACAUUUUACCAGAGGAAGUGGAAAAUGCAGUGAAGGUUGCAGCUGAAAUAUCCAUGGGUACAGAAGUAUCUGAGGAAGACAUUGAGCACAUUAUACACCUUUGUGAUCAGGUAGUGCAGAUCUCUGAAUACCGCACCCAGCUCUAUGACUACCUGAAAAACCGAAUGAUGGCUAUUGCACCCAACUUGACUGUGAUGGUUGGCGAAUUGGUUGGAGCCAGACUGAUAGCACAUGCAGGUUCUCUGUUGAAUCUGGCAAAGCAUCCUGCAUCCACAGUGCAGAUCCUGGGUGCAGAAAAGGCACUAUUUAGAGCACUGAAAACAAGAAGAGACACUCCAAAAUAUGGUUUAAUUUACCAUGCGUCACUGGUUGGACAGACCACUCCAAAGAACAAAGGCAAGAUCUCCAGGAUGUUGGCAGCCAAGGCGUCUUUAGCCAUUCGGUAUGAUGCUCUGGGUGAGGAUACAAAUGCAGAAAUGGGUGUCGAAAAUAGAGCCAAGCUAGAAAUUCGCAUACGACACUUAGAAGAAAAAGGGAUGAGAAGGAUCAGUGGUACAGGAAAGGCUCGCGCACAAGCUGAUAAAUACCAGCACAAGAGUGAGGUUAAAACAUAUGACCCGUCUGGGGACUCCACUCUACCUGCAGUCUCAAAGAAAAGGAAAUUUGAAGAAGUGGAGGAUGAUGGAGAAAAGAAAGAAGUGAAAUCCAAAAAAAAGGCCCGGCUUUUAGAGCCUGCUGUGACAGAACCUGGUGAAGAGGCUGAGCCACCAACAAAAAAGAAAAAGAAGAAAGAAAAGAAGCAGGAAAUACAUGUAAAGCAGGAAGAGGGGGAGCCAUCAACUUCAUUUGUUACAGAAGAGAUCCCAGAGGAGGAGGAGGAGAAGAAGAAGAAGAAGAAGAAAAAGAAAAUGAAGCAUGAGUGAUCUGUAUCCAGGAAUGGUAGACUGUAAUUCUGCUGUUCAAAGCUCCACUCAGCCCUGAUGGUGCUUUUUUUUUCAAAAGGAGAAAAAUAUUUUUGUUAUGCAGGAUAUAUGUUUGAUGGCAGUUAUCAGAACCAUUCAAUUGAAGACUCCUUUGGUGUGAGAAAUGGACUAUAAUUUUUGAUGCUAAUGCAGUUUCACAUUCCCUCACCCUCCACGCUGGUCAACUAUAAACUGUAGCCCAAAACAUUUCUACUUCCUGUAACAGUAAUUAGAAUAAUGGAUGUUUUAUCAAAUAUUUUCCUUUUGUGCAGAUAGAACACAUUGAGACAGGUUUUUGAAAAUUAUUGGAUUUUUAAAUCCUGUUUUCAGUAAAAAUGUCUAAGAACUCA